CAUUCCCUGAACGUUCUGCGUCCAUCGUCACCAUGGCUGCCGCAGUAGAACAACAGCAGUACGAAAACCCGGUUGCCCAGGAGUUCCAACAGGAAGGAGGAGCCGAAGAGGAAGUCGAGGUUGCGGUAUCGUACCAAACAUUGGAUGUUUUACAGGAGCACGGUAUCGCUGCCAACGACAUUCAAAAGCUCAAUGCGGCGGGAUAUCACACGGUUGAAUCGAUUGCCCACGCGACGAUUCGUAAGCUUUCCGAUGUCAAGGGAAUUUCGGAAGCAAAAGUGCUCAAGCUCAAAGAGAUUACCAAAUCUAUGGUACCCAUGGAUUUCAAAACGGCUGCCGAUGCGCUGGAAGACCGCAAGGCUCUUGUCACGCUCACCACAGGGUCCAUCGAACUCGACAAGCUUUUGGAAGGUGGUGUUGAAACCGGGUCCAUCACGGAAGUAUUUGGGGAAUUUCGUACCGGCAAGACCCAACUUUGCCACACGCUGUGUGUUACCUGUCAAAUGGCAGUCACCGAAGGCGGCGCCGAAGGAAAGGCGAUCUACAUCGACACGGAAGGAACCUUCCGUCCCAAUCGCCUCCAAGCUAUUGCCGAACGCUUCGGUUUGGACCCUACCGUCGCCCUCGAAAACGUGGCCUACGCCCGAGCACACAAUUCUGAGCACCAGGCUGAGCUGCUCAAAUUAGCCGCAGCGAUCAUGUCGCAGGAUCGCUACGCCCUUCUCGUGGUUGACAGCGCGACGGCUCUCUUUCGUACAGACUACACCGGCCGCGGUGAACUUUCUGAGCGGCAAAUGCAAAUGGCACAAUUUUUGCGUCAAUUGACCCGAUUGGCCGAAGAAUUCGGUGUCGCUGUUUUUAUCACCAACCAAGUGGUGGCCAACCCUGACGGCAUGAGUUUUGCCAAGGACAGCACCAAGCCCAUCGGCGGAAAUAUUAUGGCACACGCAUCGACCACGCGGCUUCGGCUACGCAAAGGACGUGGUGACAAUCGUAUUUGUACCGUCUUUGAUAGCCCUACGUUGCCCGAAGCUGACGCCCAAUUCGCCGUCGGCGCCCAAGGUGUCUGUGACGCACAGGACUAGAAACAAACAAGGAUCCGACAGACCACAUGCGCAUCUUUCGAAGCGCUUUCCACCAUGUUUGUGAAAAACUGGUGCGUUUUCACUUCUGUUUGGAGAAUGCCGUUUCUUGCCAGGCGCCU